AUAAAACAUAUUUUCUUCUCCUUUUCUUCUCCUUGGUAUCACGACCACCACAACCCACCAUCCAUGAAGGUCAUCACCACCACUAGUUAAACGGCUUAGAGAUGAGAAUCAAAUCACCUAGCUCUAUCAAUUUUUAGUAAUCACAAGUACACUACCACUGCCUUCACCAGCGCCAAUCACGACGAGAAGCCAGUCAUGGUGGUAUCUCUGAGGAUCCCCUCUUUCACGCUCUCCUCUAUACGCCAUUCUUCCCCUUUGUUCACCCACUCUCGUCAUCAUUACCAAUGUUACCGUUACCCUUGCAAGCCCUUAUUGGCUUCAAUUUCAAGUGAUUUCUCCACAAGCGCAACAAAUAAAGAGAAACCAAAGCAGCCAAUUAAAAAGGAAGAGAAGCAACAGACAAAAUCAGGUCAAGAGAAUUACAUCACUCCUCUGUCUCAAGACUUUAAUGCUUGGUAUCUUGAUGUUAUUGCUAGCGCUGAAUUAGCUGAUUAUGGUCCUGUUCGCGGAACCAUGGUUAUACGUCCUUAUGGAUAUGCUAUUUGGGAAGCCAUUCAGGAUUAUUUGAAUGUCAAGUUUAAAGAGACCGGUCACAGUAACAUGUACUUUCCACAGUUUAUACCAUACUCGUUCAUUGAGAAAGAGGCCAGCCAUGUUGAAGGUUUCAGCCCAGAACUGGCAGUUGUAACUAUUGGAGGAGGAAAGGAUCUUGAAGAAAAACUUGUGGUACGACCUACAAGUGAAACCAUUGUUAAUCACAUGUUUACCCAAUGGAUUCAUAGUUAUCGUGAUUUGCCUCUUAUGGUUAAUCAGUGGGCGAACGUCACAAGAUGGGAAAUGCGUACAAAACCUUUUGUGAGAACUCUUGAGUUUUUAUGGCAAGAGGGGCAUACUGCUCAUGCCAAACCCGAAGAGGCAGAGAAAGAGGCAUUGCAGAUGAUUGAUAUCUAUACAAAAUUUGCAUAUGAGAUGGCUGCAAUACCAGUCGUUACAGGUCGGAAAUCGAAGGCUGAGACAUUUGCUGGGGCUUCAAGAACUUACACAAUUGAAGCGAUGAUGGGAGAUAAAAAGGCAUUACAGGCUGGAACUAGUCACAACCUCGGGCAGAAUUUCUCUCGUGCUUUUGGAACACAGUUUUUAGAUGAAAAUACACAGCUGCAACAUGUCUGGCAGACAUCGUGGGCUAUCAGUACCCGAUUUAUUGGCGGUAUCAUCAUGACUCAUGGGGACGAUGCUGGUUUAAGGCUACCCCCUCGCAUUGCUCCAGUACAGGUCGUGAUUGUACCAAUUUGGAAGAAAGAUGAUGAGAAAAAUGGAGUUCUCGCUGCUGCAAGCUCAGUUGAGAAAGCAUUGAAAACAGUUGGAAUUAGAGUUAAACUUGAUGAUUCUGAGCAAAGAACCCCGGGAUGGAAAUUCAAUUUUUGGGAGAUGAAAGGUGUUCCUUUAAGAAUUGAAAUUGGACCUCGCGAUGUUUCAAGUGGAACUUUGGUCGUCUCCAGGAGAGAUAUACCUGGAAAGCAAGGAAAAGUUUUUGGAGUGUCUAUGGAACCUUCUAUUUUGGAAGCUUAUGUGAAGGAAAAAUUAGAUGAGAUCCAAUCAUCUCUUCUAGAAAAAGCAGUAUCAUUCAGAAAUAGUAACAUUGUUGAUGUGAGUUCGUAUGAUGAGCUUAAGGAAGCAAUUUCUCAAGGCAAAUGGGCUAGGGGUCCUUGGUCUGCAAGCGACGCAGAGGAGUUAAGAGUGAAGAAUGAGACAGGCGCAACAAUCAGGUGCUUCCCUUUCGAGCAGCCCGGAGGAAUAAAAACAUGCUUGAUGACUGGAAAUCCAGCUGAGGAAGUUGCAAUAUUUGCAAAAUCUUACUAAAUCGAAAGCUUAGGUACACCAUUGUUUUAAACAGAAUCACACUCAUUUUAAGCCUUUGUUCAUCUUCCUUUUUGUUGGAUGCAAUUUUGUCAUAUGACUCGUAUCAAUAUCAAUUUUAGAUAGAUGUUUAAUUUUCUUAAAACUUUUGUAUAUGCUUCGCCCAACAAUCAUCAAAUUAUUCACAAGAGCUUGUAACAUUGUAUGACUUUUGCGAAUGGUAUUUAGAAGAUCAAGUUUCUGAUGAAAUCUACUUA